AUGCGCACCCUGGGCGGCUUCGCGGGCCUCAGCUGCACGGCACCCGACUUGACGGACGCCAUAAGCGCUAGAAGGCCCGAAGAAGAUCUGGGGAAGAUACCGAACAAGAAGGUCAGUGGGGCGAAAACAAAAUACACAAUCCCGUGCCUAAUCGUGGACGCUGCCAGAAGCCACCGUGCGUGCCUAUACGAGCUUACAAGUCUGCAAAGCUCCCGGACUUUUUCCUCUGCGUCUGCACUUUGCCAUUGUACCAUGGCCAUGCGCUUGCUCAAAGGGGAUAUUCACUUACAGCCUCCAUCCGUCUCCGUAUUCACCGGUAGAUCGGCGUCUGGCCCCGCACCUCGAGCCUUCGACUCGUUCAACACCUUUUCAACAUUAGCCGAUAGACACGUCGUGCAACCGAUCCUCGACGGCUUCCGAUCGCAUCGUGGUUUUGAAGAUCGAUUUCAGCCAUGGCUUCGAGCUUUGUCCGCCCCGUCAGCGUGCCACCCAGAGAGUUGCAAGCUCGAGCAAUCGUUCGUCAGCUGGAGAGAGAGGGGAGGGUGGGGGAGGCAUGCUGAUGCGCACGUGCAGCAUGACCUCACGAGCCCGAGCAGACGGCCUUCCUUGCCGCCGACGAACCCUGUAUGGUGCGGCUAA